UAUCUGUUAAAUUGACUCAAACGCGUUUGUUUGAUGGCAAUCAGUUAUCAUCCGUAUAGGCUAUCAAAAUGUUAUGUGUCUACAAAUUCUUCCAGCCAUUCUGGCAAUAUCCGACAUCCACGUCUAACACUGUGGAUUUAACACAUUUAAAUAUUAAGCUUAUGGAGGUAAUCGGAAAAGGAAACUUCACAAUAGCGUACAAAGCAACUAGCGACCGCAAACUUUUUGCCGCUAAAAUCUAUUAUUAUUUUUACGCGAAUUAUGAAUGGGUCAAAAUCAGAUACCAGCAGCUACAUACAAUUAAGCACCCGAAUAUCCUGAAUUCUCAUGGUUCCGAAAAGUUACCAGGCAAAGUAAUUGCCGUAUUUAUGGAAUACGCUGACGGCGGAUCGCUGCAUAACUAUAUACACGGAUCUGGCAAAUAUACUAGAAAUAAUGCAUAUGAUUUGAUGGUCCAGUUGGCAAAGGGUCUUGCAUUUCUUCACGACCUUAAGCCAAGUCCGAUAUGCCAUGGUAACCUAAAGCCCGAGAAUUUGUUUUUAACUGAAAAUUAUAGCUGCUUAAAGAUCGGUGAUUUGGCCAGUGGAGUGGAAUUUAUAUCAAACUGUUAUACACCACCAGAGGCACGCCUAACCAAGACGCGAAAUUUCUGUACAAUAUCAGUCGAUCUAAUACACGCCUAUAUUUUGGAGUCGAGCAAAAGGUGUUACACCGAAAAGUACGACGUCUAUAGUUUUGGUAUAAUUCUCUGGGAAGUAUUAACACGCAGGAGGCCUGUUUUUGAAAACAUAUGUGAACUUUUGACCUGUGUUCCAAAAGAUGUCGGCUCUAGCAAUGUUAAGUCCCUGAUUGCCAGAUGUUCGCAGGAUGACCCACAUAGGCGGCCAAUGAUGAAAUAUAUGGUAAUGGAUCUUCUUCAAAUCAGAAAUGACGUCGUAACAUAUACGCAGGAAAGUAAAGCAACAGAAGAGAAACCGAUUUUCAAGGCUCUCAAGGAAUUCCCCGACUUGAAACUGGGAGAGAUCAUGGGACAGGGCUCUUUUGGCGCUGUCUACAAGGCAACAUUUCGUGGCGCUCAAGUGGCCGUCAAGCGAUAUUAUUUGAAUAACACCCAAGGCAACCAGGGCAUUGAGAGGGAAGUGCGUUAUCUAUCCCGCGUCAAUCAUGAGAAUAUUAUAAAAUUGUAUGGCACCAUGGUUGAUGAGGAGGGCAAAACUUUAGUGGUGAUGGAAUACGCAGACUGUGGCUCAUUACACAGUUAUCUGUAUGACAAUGGUGAACAGAAGCCAAAUUAUAAAUACACGCUUGCACUCGAAUGGAUGCAUCAAUUGGCCAAGGUAAAACCAGAGAAAAGUUAUCUGGCAGGACGUGGCAUUGCCUAUUUACAUGCCAUGAAACCAAGGUCUGUGAUUUAUCGUGAUCUUAAGCCACACAAUUUGUUAUUGACGAACGGAUAUCGCACAUUAAAAAUAGCCGACUUUGGUACAGUCACCGAAUUGGCUACUGUCAUGAGCAACAAUGUCGGAACUGCCAGCUAUAUGUCGCCAGAGGUUGUCCAGUCCAACAAUUACACGGAAAAAAGUGAUGUUUUCAGCUUUGGCAUUGUGCUGUGGGAGGUGUUGGCGCGAAAAAGGCCCUUCUGUCAUCUGGAAAAUCGCGAACCAUUCGCCAUUAUGUAUCAAAUUGGCAUGGGCAAACGUCCUAUUCUGGAAGAUGUCAAGAAUUAUCCAAACGUAAAGCUUUUAAGAUAUGUUAUCAGAAGUUGCUGGCACAUGGAACCGAAAGAACGACCAACAAUGGAACAUUUAGCUUUAUGUUUAGACGAUUGUUGAAAAUGGAGAUAAUUAGUAAGGAAUUUAU